AUGGGACGGGUUUUCCGUGAGGAGCUUGUACGGGAGUUUUUUAAAGCUAUUCAAAAAGGCGAUCUGGAAAGUGCCCAGAUCCAUGCCGAAAAUGCGAUUCGAAAAAAGAAUGAGGCUCUGAACUACAUGCGAAUGAGCUCCCGUAUUGAUGCCGUGUCAGCCAGGGUGCAGACCGCGAUCACAACGAAGAAAGUAACACAGUCUAUGGCUGGCGUUGUCAAAACCAUGGAUGCCGCAAUGCGAUCGAUGAACUUGGAGAGAGUUUCGCAAUUAAUGGACAACUUUGAAACGGAAUUCCAGAACUUAGAUAUUCAGUCAGCUACGAUGGAAAACGCGAUGUCGGCUACAAGCACUUUAAACACACCUCAAGAACAAGUGGACAAGUUAAUGCAACAAGUUGCUGAUGAAGCCGGACUCGAACUUAACAUGGAGUUACCAACUGGCCAAGUCAGUGCUGUGGGUACUUCUACACAAGCGUCUGUUGAACAGGACGAACUUUCUCAGCGUCUCGCUAAGCUUCGGCAAAUGUAG